CAGAAGCAGAAGGAGGAAGAGGAAAGGGAGGAGGAGGAAAAGAAAAAGUCAAAGGGGAGGAAGAAGGAGGAAGAAGAAGUACAGGAGGAGAUAGAAGAACAGAAGGAGGAGGAACAACAGAAGAAAGAUAAACAGGAGAAGUAUGGGGAAGAACAGGCAGAGGAUCAUGAGGGGGAGAAAGAUGAGGAAGAAGAGGGAAAAGAGGAUGAAGAACAGAAGGAACAGGAGGAAUAAGAACAGGAAGAGGAGCAGGAGGAACAGGAAGAGCAGGAAGAGGGGGAGUAAAAACAGGAAGAGGAAAAACAGGAGGAGGAGGGGGAGAAAAACCAGGAGUAG